AUGAAAUGUUUAUUUGUUAUACUCGCAUUACACCUCUAUUUCUGCCACGUCUCUGCUGUGUUAUUUAGAUUAAAUAGUACAGAAUAUGUCCGAAUGCCGCCAUUGUAUCAUCUAGAUCCAUACGAGCCAUGUGUGUAUAAACCAAAUGGAUUAUAUUGUACAGUGGAGAUUGAUUUAGUUUCAGAUGGAAGCACGGAUGAAGGGAACGAAUUAAUGGAAAUGAUAAGAGAAUAUUCUGCACGUACAGAAACGCAUUUCAAUCAUACGCGACUACAUCGUGGUAUUUGCGUCACGGAUAUAUGUCAAAAAUACCUUGCGCAAAACACAACAGAGGACCUUAAAAUAGUACUUGAAGGGUGCUUAAAUAGUUCAUUUUGGGAAAAAUACAAAUUAAAAACAAGGAUUAACGAAGACUUAGUUUGUAAAAAUAAAAAUCAAUCGUUUGAGUUAGAACCUGCUGACAUUGGUGUGGCUGUGAUUGUGAUAUGUUUAGUUAUACUCAACAUUAGUGGGAUCAUUUACGACUAUUUUAAUUUUAAGAAGAAGGACCACGAAGUAAACAAACUACUUCGAUGCUUCUCGAUCAGACAUAAUUGGCUAAAGUUGGUAGCUCCUGUAGCAAAUAGGAACGAAACACGGUUUAAGCGUCUUAAAAGUUUCAAUGGCUUAAGAGCAAUCACAAUAUUCUUAGUUAUAACGGAACACGCAAUACUUCCGUUUAUGGUCGCCCUAGACAAUACACUCUUUCUGGAAGACAUGUACCACAAUAUUUUAUACCACUUAUAUUUAGACGGUACCAUAGUUGUGCAGACGUUCUUCAUCAUUUCCGGAUGCUUGUUAGCCUACUACUUACAAAUUUGGUCGGAGAAGAAAGAUCUGAAUUGGAAAAUGAUACCUAAAGGAAUAAUAAAGAGAUGGCUAAGGUUAUCUCCAUCUUAUGCAGUCGUGCUUGCGAUAUCGUCUACGUGGCUAAGACUCUUUGGAUCUGGACCUCUGUGGGAUCAAAUAGUAAACAGUGAAGUUCAAGACUGCCGUCGAGACGGUUGGCUGCAUUUAAUCUAUAUUAACAACUACAUAGACAACUCCAUAUGCAUGAUACAUUCAUGGUACCUUGCAGCGGAUAUGCAGUUGUACAUCUUUGGACUGGUAUUAUUAAUACUGGUUCAGACAGAAUAUGCUAGAAAAGUAGCAUUAGCGGUGAUAUUUGUGAUAGCCUUAAUCAUUCCUGCCCUCCAUACGUACGUUCAAAACUUGAACGCCUACUUCUUGCCCUACCCGGAAUCGAUUCGGUCUUUUUUCGUAGCAGAUCCAACAUUCAACCACACGUAUAAGCGUGGUCAUACCAACUUGGCCAGUUACAUUUUAGGUCUUGUUCUUGGUUUGUUAAUACACAAAAUGCAGAAGGAAAAAUUCAACAUUAAAAAAUACAGGAAAUUCAAAUUUUUGUAUUGGGCUAUCUUUCCUGUUGGCAUUGGAGUGAUUCUAUGCAGUGGUUUGUUCUAUAUGGAUGGUGCAUCACCUCCUCUUCUCCUCAAGGCCGUAUACUCUGGUUUAGUUAAGCCGGUGUAUGGAGUUCUUGUUUCACUUUUAAUUUUGGGAAUGGUGUUCAAGAUGGAAAAUAUCUACCGAGGCAUUUUAGAGUGGCAAGGUUGGACAUCUUCCGCUAGGGUUUCAUAUUCAGCAUACAUAAUACAUAUGCUGCUGAUCAGAUCAAUUAUUGGAUCAACAACUACGUUGUUUCACAUGACGUUUCCAUACCUUAUGUUAAUACAAGUCGGCACUGGUAUACUUUGCUAUUUAGUCGCGUUUCCUUUCUGGAUACUGAUUGAAGCCCCGAUUGCACAACUCGUCAAUCUCAUGAUGCCAAUGAAGGACAUCGAGAAAGUGAAGUCGAACUAA